AUUCGCUCCAACCUGCAGUGUUUUUUUAAUUCUCCUUCUUCUUGAAUGCCAAAAGCUCUGCUGUUGUUAAGUGAAGCUGAUUCUGCAAUCGUCAUAGUCAUUUCUGCAGUGUCAUGGACAGACUCGACCUCCAUUCAGCUCCAUCCACCGCUGAAUCCAUCCCGAAGGAUCCCAGCACUGCUCUUACAAAUAAUAUAUGUGCUGCUGUUGUUAAAGUGUUCAAAGGAGAAGAACUACAGCUGAAUGAGCUUUAUUCUUUGAAUGAAAAUACCAGGUGGCUACUAAGGUCAGAUAUGGGCUACUUCAUCAAGGAUUAUUUCCAGAAUCAUAUUUUGACAAAAGGUUUAACGAUGAUUUUGGAUGAGAUUCAGAAGCAUGAAGACGAGAAACAACUCUUUAUUUUGGCUGAAAUUUGGGAUCGAUUUUUCACUGAGAUUCUUCCUACUUUGCAGGCUAUUUUAUAUCCUCUGCAGGGGCAGGAGCUGACAGUCAGACAGAUGGCUCUUCUGGGCUUCAGGGAUCUGGUCAUAAUGAAGCUCUCUCUGGCUGACCUGCUGAGCAACAAUCUGUCUCUCAUCCCAGCAUCCAUCACACAGAUGCUACUUGUGCUACAGGUGAAUGUUAACCGCAAACCCGUGGUGAAUGACCAUCUGUAGGACCACGCUAUUCAUGUCAGUUGUGUAUGUACUGUAUGUAAAUAGGGAAUUCAGGAAUCCAGAGGUCCCUCAAAGGAAUCCUGUCUGCUCGAGAAACUGGUAGAUCUUGUGGUCUCACCUUAUCUAUGGAACUGCAGGCACACAAGCUGCAGUGACCGAAGCGGCAGCAGAGCACAGCUGAGUCACCCUGAGAUAAAGAUUACUCACCACAUCUCUGAAGGCUCUCUGCUAUCGCCUGUAGAGGAGCAGGAAGUAGAGGUUCACCUCGAGCGACGUCACAGUGUCACAAAUGCUCACUCUGACAUCCAGCUGCUCACAGUCAGCGGCAGAGCGUUUUCUGGGAUAGAAAGCAGCUGUGUUGAGGGCAUAGAUGCGAGUAGGACACACCUGAGAAAGUGACUUGAAGUGCGCAUGAAAAGACAGAAGGGACCAACAAUAAUUCAACAAUAAUUUAUACAGACAUAUAAACUGUAUAAUGUGGUGGAAAAUGAAAAAUAAACACGAAAAGGGAUGUCCUCAAGUGUCAAUACAACUAUCAGUUUAACUUGCUGAUAGUCCAUUAGUCCAUUUGACGCCACUGGCUUGCUUGGUUUGGGACAUGUGGAGCUGGAUUGCUAAGGUGUAGCUAGGUGGUUGCUAAUGUGUUUCUAGGGUGUUCUGACUGGUUGC